AUGACGGAUCAGCAAUCACCACUAAUAUCAGAAUACACCAAAAAGGUACCGAUCCAUGUCCUCGGAGAGGGAAUUGGACAAUACCUUUGCCGAACAACUUUCAACAAUCUUCGUUUGACUUGUAAAGAUGUGCUUCAAAUCACAGAAAGUAUGAUCCGACCUUGGCCCCACAAAUCUUUAUUAGUGGGAAAGACAAGUAUUCAAUCCAUAGCUUUUUCUCCGGAUGGAAGCAAAUUAUGCUGUCGAGAUCGGAGUGGUAACAUACACGUCUGGGAUCGAACGAUUGGAAAUGAGAAAACUUGGAGGGGAUCUCUCCGAUCGGCUUGUCUCGGCAACAUUGUCUGUUCUCCCGACAAUCGGUUUUUAGCAUUUGACGGAAAGAGUAAGAGCAUUCAAGUGUGCAGUAUCCAAGAUGGUGAGUCGCUGAAAAGUCUGCAAGGACACCAUGGUGCUAUCACAUCCAUUUCCUUUCAUGCCGAUGGACGAACAUUGGCCAGUGGUAGCACCGACUCGACCAUUCGAUUGUGGGACUUGGGAACUGGAAAAUGUCAAAGGAUUAUGCGAAAGCAUCGUGGAUUUGUCUACUCGGUAACAUUCUCCCCGGAUGGUCAGCGACUGGCUUCAGGUGGAUCGGAUAGGAUGAUUCGGAUUUGGAAUCCAUUUGCUGCGGCAAGUCAUCAACAAGACGAUACUAUCAUGAUGAGGGGUCAUUCACUGGUGGUCGUUAGCCUUUCAUUUUCACCAACAAAUUCCAAUCUACUAGCAUCCGGAUCAUUAGAUGGAACCUUGCGUCUUUGGGAUGUUUUGAAUCAAUCCUGUCUCAAGUGCAUCCAACACGGAAGCGAGAUCUUGACAGUAUGCUUUGCUCCUAGUGGAAUUCGGUUAGCAGCUGGAAGAUCAGAUGAAACAAUUGUUCUUUGGAAUGUAGAAGAGGAAAAAGAAGAAGCAGAGUUCAACGGGAGGCUGUUAUCGUUUGCUCCUGAUGGUGUUACACUGGCAACGGCUGGACGUGAUGGGAUUGUGAAACUGCAAAGUAUAUAG